UGAGAAUAAAUCUAUUGUUCCUACUGUUCCUGCCUAUCAAAAAUACAGCUACUUGGUUGAUCCAGAAAUAUCAUCAUCUCUGAUUUUACCAUUCAAAUACAAAUUGCUGUUGGAAAUGUUCAGAAGCAUGGAUACCGUUAUCAGCAUUCUGAAUAACCGAAAAGAGAAGAUUACCUUUGAGAAAGUUAAGGAGGGCGUUCAGCGGAUGAUGAAGAGAACUUUCUCUAAAGUCCAUCUGGGGCAGAUUAUGACAGUUAUGCCUACUGCCUAUGAUGUAGUAUUGGAAAAAUGUACCUUUAAGAAAGCCAAUGAUCCAGAUUAUCAGUUAAUCAUCACUCCUAAACUUAAUGCAGCUGAAGGUAGUAAUAACACUAAGUCAAAGAAUGUUACUAUGACGCCUCUAGAUCUUUCUGGAAGGGUUCAUAACUCUUCAAGUGUGCUUAUUAAGGAAAAGUCAUUUGUUUCUUUUGAUUGUGAAAAACUGUCUGAAAAUAUAUGCUUCCAGCAAAUGGAUGUAUUUUUGAGCAGACUGAAUUUUCCAUCAGUUUCUGAUGAAAGUAUUAAAAGAUGGCAUCCCAAAUUUGCAGUUGAUAGUGUACCUGAUAUUGAAACUGCUACUUUACCAGAAAUACCUGAAAAUAAAGUUUGUACUGCUAAAGAUGUAUUGAACAAAAUUGUCAAAUCAUCCUUUCGUGGAAAAGUUGUUAAAGCUUUGAAAAGUGUAGCAGAUGAAUCAACAAACAGCAACUUAAAGAUUGAACUGGAACCAAGUACUAGUGAGAAAACGCCAGCACCAACAAAAAGUGCCUUAAAAGGAAUCAGUAGUGAUUUGAUAGCAAAAAUUCGAGCUCGUGAGUCUGCUAAAAUUCUGGAGAGGAUGAUAGAAACUCCUGAUGAAACAAAGCGCAAAGUAAUGCUUGAACGUCUUCCAAAGAUCAUUCAGAUUGUGUGGCAUUAUUUUAUAGCUGAAAGAAAGGCAGCUGUACCAGUUGAUACUGCUAUUGAGAAAAUAAUUCAUAGCUGCAGCUCAUUAUCCACUCAUGAGGAAGUAAAAGCACAUCUAACGCUGAUAACUGAAGAAUUUCCUGGCUGGUUAUCAUUUAUACAAAUCCCUAAAGGACUUUACAUUACUAUUAAUAAGAAUAAAAAUAUUACUGAGAUGCUUGACAAAUUUCAGCAGUGAUAAUUCUAUUGCUUUUAAAUUUUUAUUCAAUUUUAUUAAAUUUUAUCGAAGCUUUUAGUUUUAUAUAUUUUUAAAGCAUGUGUGUGUGUUAUAUAAAUAAAGUUUUUUGCAAUAUCA